AUGCAAAGUUUUAGGGGAAUGACAUUGGAUGACGACAAUACGAUUUCCAAAGAAAACAGCAAGGGGAAACAAAAGAUGGAUUUCAGAGUAAAUAUGGAAACCUUAGGAAACAGUGACUUUAGAGAGCCAUCGAUAAUGUCUGAUAUAUCUAUGACAUCGGAUAAUCACCAGAAUGAAAACGAAAACAGUAUAAAUUCAGAUGCUGAAAGUGCUAUUACUUCAGUUUCUGUGUACAGUCAAGAAAGCGGAGGGUCAAAUUCCAGAAAACGAAUGAGUAGAUCUUUUGAUCCGAACAGCCAAGAAGACGUUGGAAAACGAAUAAAGUCAACUGAAACAAUUAAUGAUGAAAGAACCAUAGUUCGAAAUGCUGUCGAAAUGCGAGGAAGAGGAAGACCUAAAAAAGCUAUUUCAGCUGAGCAAGUUGACUUACCAGAAAAACCAAGAAGGGGAAGAGGGCGUCCAUCAAAGUCGGCUCAUAAUGAAAACCAAGGAACAAUACAUACUUUCUUUUCUUCUAUUCCAAAAAAAAUGGAUUGA